GUGGCGUUAAGAGCGCGAGCGCUUGAGGGCGACAGCGGUGGCGUGCGAGUGCACAGCGGCGUGAGGAGUGCUGGCGGCCGCGAUGAAGGCGGGCGGCCAGGAGGACGGGAGUCCGUGGGACGAGUGCUUCGAGGCGGCGGUGCAGCUGGCCCGGCGCGCGGGACAGAUCAUCAGAAAAGCCCUCACUGAGGAAAAACAUGUCUCGACAAAGACGUCUGCAGCAGAUCUUGUGACAGAGACAGACCGCCUCGUGGAAGAUCUGAUCGUUUCUGAGUUGCGAAAGCAGUUUCCCUCACACAGGUUCAUCGCAGAGGAGGCCACGGCCGCCGGGGCCAAGUGUGAGCUCACCUCCAGCCCGACCUGGAUCAUCGACCCCAUCGACGGCACCUGCAACUUUGUGCACCGGUUCCCCGAUGUGGCCGUCAGCAUCGGAUUUGCUGUUCAGAGAGAGCUGGAGUUUGGCGUGGUUCACCACUGCAUGGAGGAGCGGCUGUACACCGCCCGUCGGGGCCGCGGUGCCUUCUGCAACGGCCAGCGGCUGUGCGUCUCGGGGGAGACAGAUCUCUCCAAGGCCCUGAUUCUGACGGAAAUCGGCGCCAAGCGCGACCCCGCCACGCUGAGGCUGUUCCUGGGCAACAUGGAGCAGCUGCUGCUCGCCAAGGCGCACGGGGUCCGAGUUAUCGGCAGCUCCACCUUGGCACUCUGCCACCUGGCCGCGGGGGCUGCCGACGCCUAUUACCAGUUCGGCCUGCACUGCUGGGACCUGGCGGCCGCCACGGUCAUCAUCAGAGAAGCAGGCGGCAUCGUGAUGGACACCACAGGUGGACCCCUUGACCUCAUGUCACGCAGAGUGGUUGCCGCGGGCACCCGGAAGAUGGCCACUCUCAUCGCCCAGGCCUUACAGCCGAUCAGCUACGGGCGGGAUGACUAGGUGUGGGGGUGGCAUGAGGACCAGCCCACGCUGCACACCCGGCCGGCACUGACACGCACACCCUCCCCAGGGCUGGGUGUCCUGCUGGUCUCUCUGAUGCCCCGAGAAGUCUCAGGUUCCUAGCAUCCUCCAGGGCCAGCCCUGGCCUGUGGGAGAUGCACACUGCUCACCCAGACUCAGGAAGCACCUAGAACUCGGGGACACAGCGUCCUCAGGCCCCCGUCCCACACCUGGCGCUGGGCCAUGCAAUAAAUCGGCCCUGGCUUCCCACGCAUCUCUCCCCGCGUCACCGCUCCCCAAGCACCCCUGGGCCCUGCUGCAGACUGCAGGGAGGGUCGCAGGCUCACACCCGUAGCUGGCUGCAGGUCUGCAUGCAGGACCGGCACCCCAGCUCAGUAAUCACCAUGUUGGGCUGCGGGCUCCAGAGACCGCAGGCUGCUCAAAGCCACACCUCAGAAGAGCUGAGCGGUACAGGGUCAGAGACGGCAAGGUAAUUUCAGGGCCACGCUGUGUCUAGAACUCCCUGUGUGGACAGUGAGCCUGCGAGCCCACAGCCCAGGCGCCUCUGCUGAUGUGAACGCUGAGAAAGUCGGCGUCCGGCGGAGAAAUCCACAGCUGCUGUCGGCUUCCUCCCCGCCUCCCUCCCGCCUUCAGCACACACAGCGCUGGGGGCUCCCAGCUUCGCCGUCACUGCCGCCCAGCCUGCCCUCGGAGGUGGCUCCUGUCACCGACCUCGGUCACCCUCCCUGCCAAACCCUGGUACUCAGCAGGCCCCAGCGGGCCAUGAGGACUCCACCCCAGACACAGAGGCCCCAGGGGACCCCUCAUGGGAGCAACCAUUGCACAUGGAUGUGGACAGGAUAAACCCGAGGCCUGUUCCACCUGCCUUGGGUACUUUGGGAUGCAUUCGCUGUCUCGAGAGGGAAUUUCCAUUUCCGGGUGAUGGGGUGACUGGGUUCAGCAGCCCGUGUUUCAGGAUGUGAGUCGCAGUUGGGGUGAGCAGCCUUGGCCCAGUGCCUGCUUCCCACCCUCUGACCUCGGGUGCACAGCAGCCUCCCCACAGGCAGCUCAGGGUCAGGGCCCUUACGGGUUCACACAGAGCUGGUGACACCCGCACGCCGUCACCAUAUCCAGCACGUCUUGGGGUCCCUGUGAGGGGAGUGCCAGGGCCACUGAGCACCCAGCACCAGGAAGCCCUGGACUGCCUCCUGGUGAGUGAGACAGAGCCCAUGGCAUAGGCUUCCUUCUUCCCCGAGUCCUGUUUGAGCUAAAGCAGCAACGGCAAAGGAACCUGUGCUUCCGUCACCUCAUGGCCGGGUGACCCUGCUCAUCCAGCAGCCUGCACCGCAGGAGGAAUGGCUUGCAGAGGAUGCCAGCGUCCCACCGCACAUCCCCCUCAUGCUCUGAGCUGGAGGCCUGCUUACCCCGCACCUGCCUUGCUCUUGGGAGCAGUGUCCCAGUGACAACCUCUCGGCCUCUAUAGCCACAAGUGGAGAUGUCACCUGUAUGCUCGGAUCCAGAGCACAGAGAUCCCAGGGCACCUAUAGCUGAAAUUCACCUAGCAGUGACCACAGGACUGGAGUACACGUGUGUGGCACAUGACGGCCACAUACAGGGUAACUGGGGACAUCAGAACGCGUGAGAGCCCAGCCAGCAUCUCCCGACUGACACGGACCUGAACGCGGGUUGCAGCUGUGUGAUCCGUGAAGAGUCACCAGCCGAGGGAGCAAGGGUGGCUCCCGUGGGACAAGCGGGCAGCGGGGCUCAGGUGAGCCAGGGUGACCCGGGGACACUGACGUUCACAAUCGAAGGGACAGACGUGGCCCGCAGAGGUGGAUUCUCAGUCGGCCCCGGCACUCUCCCGGGCUCCUGUGAGGAGGCUGUGAGUGCUUUCUGACUUGCGCCCUCACUGGUGACGGGCUGGAGCCGGGCAGGCGUGGCACUUUGUAACUGAGACGAUGUGAGGGAGCACAGCCACCUGUCCCUUCGCCGGGAACCGGGGAGAAGAUGCGCCUCAGCAGGCUCCCCGCAGCAGAGGCCCAGGCUGGCACAGGCACUGGCUCUGCCCACGGUCAGGCCUGGGCCUGAAUUCCGCCUGGACCCGGCCGGAGGCAUGGGAGGGCAGGGGCUGGUGAGAGGCAGCAGGCCCCGGCCCUGCUCGGCUUUCUGUGCCUGUGGCCUCGGGCAGGGCCCCCAUGCCCAGUGGACAGUGCUGAAGGACAUGCCGAGAGCUGAAACAGAACUCCUGGCUCUCAGCCUCGCGGUCUGCACAGGGCCGGAGGAGCCUGCUGCGGCAGUGACGCACCCAGGGACGACCACCGUGGUGGAGGAGGAGCCUGUGGCGAAACCCACGCGCACCGGAAGGAAAGGGAACCCGAAGAGCGACCCCAUGCUGUCGCGAGGAAGCAGUCUGUCUGCCCGUGUCGCCUCGCAGCGCUCGUGAGCAGUAAUAAAAACGCUGGCCUGGA